AUGGUUUCAGCAGCGCGCGCCGAAUCCCUUCUCGCCUUGCUGUUGAGGCCCUCCGGAGGGCGGAUCUCGGCAUCGGCGACCACAGCGCCGAGGAGGAGGAGCUUCUCACGGCACCGCGACUCUGCGAGAUGGAGGGAAGGGGAAUCGAAUCGGAUGGAGUCGCGUUAUGUUAGCCCUACCCUGUUCUUGUGCAGAAUUCGUGCAUUUGGGCAUGGGCUGGUAGCCUGGUACUAUUUUGAGAAGGGGCAGGGGCAGGGGCAGGGGCGAGGGCGGGCUCAUGCUCGAGGAAGCCUUCAGAUUCAGAUAGAAGCCGAAACACGCUCCAGUGGUCUGUGGACCGAAACCAUAGUUUCGUUCCAAGAUUCAAUACUGAUUUCCAAAUGGGACCUCAUAGUUGUGACUGAGCUAGGAACUGCUAUGACUGCCGUGUCUCCUAAGCCUUUCCAUUGUCAAUGGACAAGGAGAUCGGAGCUCGAGGAGAUUGUGGCAAUUUCCUACACUCUGAAGCAUCAGGUGCUAUGUCAGGAACUUAAAGGCUUAAGGAAUCAGAUCUACCUAAUUAUUAAGGCAGGGGUCCCUAAAGGAUGGGCUACGCCUAAUGCACUAGAUCUGCCUCUAGCGUCAAGGACCUUCACUGCUGCGUCGCCCGUUUCUUCAACAUACGGUGUUGACCUUCCUCGGGAUCGUGGAUAUUGUUUGGAUCCGGUAAUUUAUGAUGCCUCAUCAUUUGAAUGGUUGUGUGAUGAUUGCCCCCCAAAACAUAAUGAAGUCCCGAAAUCAUUAGAGUGGAAUUGUGAUCAUAGUCACAAAGUUCCUCGGUGGAAGGGGUCAAGGAACGUGAUCGAGGAACACAACAGGCUAUUUGAGGAAGGUUUUAACAAGGCAGGGGUGAGAAUGUUCUCGCGCCCCCAGAACAUGAAUGAUGUUCUCGAAACGAGGAGCGUUACAUGGUUCCAUGUUCCCGAUGACUCUAGCUGUGAUGACCACUACUCUAUUCAAUUGGGUUCUAUAAUUAAUGAACCAAAUGUGAAUAGAGUAGAGGUGACAAAGGAACCCUUGUCGUGGGGGUGUCGUAGACAUAGGUCGCACAAGGCAAGGUAUAGUACAUGGGGGUGUCGUAGACGUAGAUCGCAUAAAGCAAGAAGAGAUAGUUCUGAUGCCUCCACUAAACAUUUUCCGAGUGCAGAUACAUUCAAUUCUUCUGAAAUGUUUGUCGUGAAAAAGUUUAAGCGCAAUGAUGUUUUAGAGGAAGGGGAAAGUACAAAUGACCACUUAUUUUAUCAACCAGAAAGUGCUGAUGGUUCAAGUCAUUCAGCUUCUGACCUUACUGUAGAAAUACAAAAGACAGCGGGUGCUGUUGGACCUACUAUGAACACAAUGGAGUGUCUGGACCUCUCAAUGGAAAAAGAUAGCUGCUCUUUUUCACUGAAUUGUGUUGAAGGGUUCCCUCAAGGAACAAAACCUGACUUACUUCCUUUAAUCAAUGAUGUUGAGAGAUCCUAUCCAUGUGUUACGGAUAGUUCUUGCCCUACAGUACCAAAUAUGGAGCAAAAAGAUGGUGUAUUGGAAAAUGCGGAACAACCUCAUCCUUUGGAGAUGGUUAAUCCUGAUGGUACAAGCCAUUCACCUGUGGGCCGUGCAUUUGAAAUCGAAGAACAAGGAGCGGAGGCUGGCUUAUGUGCUUCAGUUCAAGAUGUUGAGGAGCAAGUAGACAGUUCUAGUCCUGCAUCAGAAAGUUGGGAGCAACCUGUUCCUUUGAAGGUGGUUAUACUCAGACCAUGGCAUGAUGUGCGAAAUAGCAUCCUAAGAUCAAAGCAUCCUUCAAACUACUCACAGUCAAUGCAAGGAUCAGAUCUAUAUGUUGGAAAUAUGGAUGUCUUGGAUCCUUCUAAGGAGUGGUUGGACUCAAGUAUCCUAAGAUCGAAGCCUCCAUCAAACUACUCACAGCCAAUGCAAGGAUCAGAUCUAGAUGUUGGGAAUAUGGAUGUCUUGGAUCCUUCCAAGGAGCGGAUGGACUCAAGGUUAAUGUCAAAUACUGUAGAGCCAUCAAGUUCUUCAAAUGGUGGAGGCACUUCUGUUGAGAAAGACAAUACUGAAAAAACAGAAUGCUUGUCAGGCAUGGACACUGUCACCCCUGAACUGGAUAAUGUCCAGGGAUCAAAUCCCUCAGCAGAGCCAUCAAGUUCCUCAAAUGGAGAAGGAGCCUCAGCUGUUGAAAAACACAGUGCUGAAAUUACAGAAUGCUUGUUAGGCAUGGGAACUUUGACCCCGGCACUGCAUAAUGUCCAGGCAUUAAAUCCCUUGACACCAAAAGAAUGCUUGGUUUCUAACGCAGACAACUCAGAUGAAGCAAAUGACAACUCAGAUGAAGCAAAUAGGUCAGAUGAAGUUCAUCGCAGUUGCAAUGAUUUUAACGGAAAUUACUAUCCCAAGCCAGUGCUGAAGGGAAGAAUCUCCAAAAUGAUGUACCCAAGACUUUGGUUUCAAUUGCCAAAAAUGUGGCUUGUAGGCAAACAUCACAAAUGGAAGAUGCCAUUGCCUUCCAAGCAUGUUAGUCCACGUAAGGCAACAAAAAGUAGCUUCAGAAAGCAAUAUAAAGGGCCAAACAGACAUAUUCCACGUCAUACUAAACAUCAGAAAACCAAGCUCGUUAUGAAGGACAGAAAUACAGAUCCUGCACAUAUAAGAAGUUGUAGGCCAUCAAAGAAAAUUGAUCGUACUUGCUUAAGUGCUUCCUUGUAUUUAUCUCCAAAAAUUAAGGAAGUAAAUGAUGCCAAUGUUGCAGAACCAAGAUGUUCUAAAUCUCUAAGAACUUUUGAGUAUGUCAUGGCCAAGAAAAGAAAACGGCCUGUUUUAUCAUAUGAUGAAGAUGCCAAGGCAAUGCAGAUGGAAGUGAGGAUGCGCAGGAGACAUGUGAAAAGUUGUGUGAUGAAGCAGCGAAGAUCCGCAGAAAAUUCUGAGGAAGCGAUGUCUCCAGGAAAUUCAAAUAAUCAACAUGCCAAUGAUGAUAUGAAGGCAAGGAAGCCGAGAAGGGCCAACAAAGAUAAAAAGGCACCUCUAGGGAAUGCUAGUGUUCCAUGCACACGGAAUGAUGCUGCACGUGGAAUCAUGAAGAUUGGCCAGGAGUAUAUUUCAUUGGCUGCACACCUGUCAAAUCAAGCAUGCAAGGAGGUGCAGGAAUUAUCACUAUCAUUACCAGCACUAAUGAAAGUAACAAAGCAUUCGAAGUUGAAAGCCUGGCCAGGGAGGUGGAAGGCAUCAAAACCAUCUGCUGAAUGCAUUGGCUUGUAUUUCUUCUCAGAUAAUAUGAGGGAACUGGAUCAACUAGUGCAUUAUCUCACUGAUCAUAGCUUAGUACUAAAAUAUGUCGUUGGCUUUGCCAAGCUGCUGAUCUUCCCUUCUGUUUUCCUACCAGAGCAAUGUCAAAUUUACUUAUCAAACCUUGUCUUUUGUAGCGUUCCAAGGGAAACACUAUCUGUGGGGAGUGUUCAAGCGCAGGAUGGGUACUGGGAAAACAGGUGCCGCAGGGUAACAAAAAGUUUGUGCAUCACAUGGGUGCAAAGUGACACCCUGGUCCAAGAAAUGCCUGUUUCGAAGGGUAUCACAACGUCAAGGAGACAACAGUUGCCAAGCGCUGUCCAUGGCUUUUGCACCGAGACCGACCCCUGUGAUCAUACGAAGCCCUGCCCAAAUUCAGAAAGCUCCCGCACCCAAGCUGUUUGGCCUUGUCAUCGCGCAAACGACGAUGUUGGAACACUUCAUUCGGGAGCUGGAAACUGUAGGUGCAUUGGUGGUUUCUCUGAACUUGUGAAAGGUUUAGCUAAGGCCCGUCCUGUAAAGUUCACGGCCUGA